AUGGCGGAACUUUCGAAACUGCCACAAGAGAUGAAGGUGCAAAUCCUGUCAAGGCUGCCUCCAAAAUCUCUUAUGCGGUUUAAAUGCAUCCAUAGAUCAUGGCAUGCUUUGAUCCGUAGCCCUAGUUUCGCAGCCAAACACGUCUUUGUUUCCAAGCACAACAAAGUUUCCUCCACCGCUACUAUUCUUUUCAAACGUUCUGUUCUUGACCUCAACACUGACAAGAAGGAAAUUUUACUGUCAUGGUUUGAUCUUUGCGAUGAUAAUAAUUAUUGUGUUGAUCAUGAUGAUCACCUUAUUCCUGCAAUGGAGGACCUCCACGUCCCGCAAUCUAUGGGUCUAAAAAGGAGGGACAUAUGGUCCGGGAUUGAGUAUAUAGAUAUGGCAUGUCACUGCAAUGGAAUAAUUUGCUUAACUGAUUAUAGGAAAAGAGUUGUUUUAUGCAAUCCAGCAAUUAAGGAAUUCAACCUUCUUCCCGUGUCAAGUCUUGCUCUCUCUUCCGCUGAUAUUACACCCACUGGUUAUUUCACAGCUGCUGUGGGAUUUGGCUGUGAUCUCGAAUCUGAAAUUUACAAAGUUGUUAGAAUUUUCUAUUCUGCAAAGGAACAUAAUGAUAAUGAAGUUAUUAUUCAUCCUCCCAAAGCAGAAGUAUUCAGCCUCGUCACAGGGUCUUGGAAAGAAAUCAAGACUGAUAAUCUUGACAAGCAAAGUACUAACGUUUGGCCUGUUUCAACUGUCUGCAUAUACUGUAAAGGAAUUCUUUAUUGGCGUGGGCAUGAACAACAGAAGGUUUAUCUUGAUGUUAGCUACUCAUAUACAGACGAGGACGAUACUUCAGGAGAUGAAAUUGAUAUAUACGAGGACAUAGAGAGGAUCAUUUCAUUCGACAUUGGCAGCGAAACAUUUCAUGUUAUCAAUUUUCCAAAUGGUUAUUAUUUUCGUCAAAAGGUUCUAGGCUUGUGGAAUGAUUCCAUCGCUGUGAGUACUUGCUGGUGCGAGGAUAAUCCGUACAUAGACAUAUGGGUGCUGGAUAACAUUUGUGUUGAGGGGUCUUGGAUAAACUGCUUAACUGUUGAGCCUGUUGUGAACUUUAGAUCUCCAUUGGCAUUUGUUGUGAAGAGUACUGAUCAAUCUCUUUGGGUUGCCCACGAUGAUUGUGUGCUAAUUUUGUAUGACCUUAUUAUCGGAAAGUUUAAGUAUCUUCCUGUUGAUGGGUGUCUCUCCGUAACACACAAGCUCUUUUUUAUGUGA